UUUUAUGCAAUAAACAUAACAAAAUUUAUAAACAACAGGUCCUUUAACUUAAAAACCAUAUAAGUAAUUACCUAAAGAUAAUGAAAAACUAACUCUACUUGAGAAAUAAAUGGGAGAUUUAGCAAAUGAUUUUGAAGAUAUGAAGAGAAAUAGAGAAGAAGCAAAAAAAUAACUGGAAGCUAAAUUUUUAGAUGUUCAUAGGUAAUUAUUAUUUAUAUUAAUUAGGAAAAUAUAAAAUACUAGAGAAUUUAUCACUUAAGAAGGUGAAAGAAUAAAUAAUACAUUAAUUGCAUAUGAUUCAAAAUUUACUUAAGUGUUAAAUUAAACGAAUUAGAAAUUGUAAACAUAACAUGAAACAUUUGCAAAUUAAACAGAUUAAAGAAUAGUUGAUGCUAAUUCUUAUCUUAGAGAUCUAACAUAAAAAUUAGAAGAAGAAAAAUAAGAAAGAAUGAGAUAAUCUGAUGAAAAUCUUAGAGAAAUUAGAAAAUAAUUAACUAGUAUUAUUCAUUACCAAUCUUAGCUUUAUUUGAGCAUUAUGAAACUGAAAAAAAUACAAGAGUUGAAAGAGAAAAAGAGAUAUUAAGAAAAUUAGAUGAUGAAGCAUAUUAACUUAAUGAAAAAUUAAGUAAUGAAAAAUCAGAUAGAAUUCUUUAAAGUAAAGAAUUAAGAGAUCACACUGAUUAAGAAAUAUAAAGACAAAGAAAAAAUAAUUAAGAUUUUCAUGUAAAAACAAUUGAUGAAUUUAAUCAUGUUGCUUAUAACUUGAAGGAAGAAAUGAAUCAAAGAUUUAAUUAAUAAGGAUAAAUUAUUGACAAUUUAAGCAGUGUUAUUAAAACUAUUUAAGACACAUUAAAAAUAAUUGGAAAAGGUGUUAAUGAUUGA